UCUUUGACGUCCUCCUGCUCUCAGAUCAGUAGUUUACAGUCUCUGCUGUUCAGCUCCAUGACCAGCAGGGGGCUUUGCUCCGCACAACUCCCGGUGUCAGGCCGCACAGUGUUGCUGUGUGACGAGUCGUCGGUGCGUCUGCAGUGUGACGGUGACGAGUCAGUGGACCUGAGGGUCACAUGGUCUGUCAGCCUGUCUGACCUCCCAGUAUCUGACCUCCCUGACCUCCACGACAUCGGUCUGUUCUUGAACGAAUCCAGACUUCUGGAAGGAGUUCAGGGACUUCUUGGUAAUAUCCAGUCCACGCUAGUUUCCAUGACAACACCAACAUUCGGAUGUUCCCGUGGUUACCACCUGGACGGCGAUGGUUGCAUCGUUUGUCCUGCUGGGAGUUUCUCCAGGGAGGGGGCGUGUCUUCUGUGUCCACAGGGAACCUAUCAGGAUGAAAAGGGGCAGUACUUCUGCAACAAGUGUCCCAGAGGUUCGUCAGCUGCUGGAGCGUCAUCUGUCCAUCAAUGUGUGACUGAGUGUCAGAGACGGGGUUUGCAGUGCUCAGAGCGAGGAGACUUCCUGUCGGCCCAGCCUGACUUCCUGUCCGGCAGGUGGAGGUGUUUCAGUGGAGAGGGGGCGGAGCUUGAAUGGACCAACAGUGACAAAGCUCUGACUGAAGAGGAGUGUUCAGUUCUCAGCAGGUUUCAGGCUGUUCCUGGAUCAGAUCUUAUUGUCGGAGCUGAAGACACUGAAGUUCUGCAGACGAUGACCUCUGACCUCAAAUCCUGUGUCCAAGCGUGUGCAGCCAACCCAUCCUGCCACCAUGUGGCGCUGUUCAGCAGACAGACUCAGUGUGAACUGUACAGCACACACACACAGAACACACACUGCAACACCUCCCAACAGACCACUGGGUUUCUGGGUAAUCCUGAGGCUGAGCUCUUUGAUUGGCUGAGCUGCUCACUGCAAGUGAGGGGCGGAGCUUCAGAUCUGAUGGUCAUCAGGAAGAAAGGGGAAGAGUUUUCCUCGCGGCAGCAGCAGCAGACCUUUGUGAGGAUGAAGAUGACGAAGGUGGUCUCAGGUGUGUUCAGGACUCAGGUGUUCUCUGGACGGACGUCUCUGUCUGACGCUCAUCGUUUCUGUCAGGACGGCUGCAGCCGUGACACCUGCUGCGACGGAUUCAUCCUCAACCAGAACAGCCUGAACGGAGGUUCUCUGCUCUGUGGUUGGCUGAGAGCUCCGUCAGUCUUGAUGUGUAUGGACAAGGACUGGGAUGUUAUUGGACAGGGAACAGCCAAUCGUAUCUGUGGGGCGGGGCUAACCUACAAUGAGCAGCAGAGGAACUUCCUGUUCAAGUUCGGAGGAAAAGAUUUCAUCAUUA